AUGGCAAAAUCAAACAUUCCAACACGAGAUAACAGAAAUAUAGAUAAAGAUCAUUCAGAAUUAAUUUCUCUUGAUGCAUCUAUUUUAUUGGCAGCAGAUCCAACUCAUGCUGAUAUACAUUCUAUUCGUAUCAAACAAGAAAAUGUGGAAAGUGUUAUUUUCAUUUGGUUAGAUCCUCAGGAAAAAUCCGGUCUCAAUCUGGUUGGACUACUGCGAGCAAUCAAUCAUCAUGUACAAGUUUUCAAUGAUACAUCGACUUGCAUCAAUGCAAUAAAGUUUUCACAAGAAAAAAUCUUUUUUAUUACGUCAUCAGUUGAUAGUAGUUUGAUUGCAAUGGUGCAUAAUCUUGCUAGUGUUGAAGCAAUUUUCAUACUUGCUCUAAAUGUAGACAGUAUUAAAGGUGAUUUUCCAAAAAUAUUUGGUAUAUUUCCUCAACACGAAGAAUUAUUACGUACGCUAAAAGAGAUAUUUGACAUUUUUGAACAAAUACAACUUGAAUCAUUUGUAUUCGAACACGAUAAAUUAUUUCUUUGGUCACAAUUAUGGAAAGAAGAAUUGAUGAAUCGAAAAAUAUCAUCGAAAAAAGAGACAUUUGUUGCAGCAACUCGACAACAUUAUCGAGAUAAUGCAAUGAUAAAUCGAAUUAUUGACGAAUUCGAUAAAUCUUAUCGUUCUACUGAAGUUCUUAAGUGGUGUUUUCAUUCUCCAUUUCCUUCACGUUUUCUUCAUCACGCACUUCGGUCGCACAACCAAGAACAACUUCAUGCAUGUCAUUUUCUAUUUUCUGAUGCUUCUCGUUUUUUUCAACGAUCUGCUAAGCGUAAAGCUACGGAGAAAGUCUAUCGAGGUAUGAAACUGUCAAGUGAUCUUCUCGAUAUAUUAAAGGCUCAUACUGGUCAACUCGUAUGUACAAAUGGAUUUUUUCCUUGCACUAAAUCGAGAGCAAAUGCUUUGACACUUGCAUCCAUACCAACAUAUCGUACUGAUUUAUUACCAGUUCUAUUUAAAAUUGAUUGUGAUGCAUCAGUGCCAAGCAUCGAAGUAGCUGAUAAACAUUCCGCACCCUUAAUGGUAUUUGAUGUUUGUACAUCAUUUCGUAUUCUUUAUGUUAAUCGAGAUCAAAUGACAAUUAUCAAAAUGAGAACAGCUAGUGAUGCAGGAAAAAAAAUUGCUCUCGACUUCAUCGAACAGCACCAAGAUAAAACACUACAAUCCCUUCUUGGUGAACUUAUGAGACAACCAAUGACUCCGAAGCCAGGUACUCGUCCAGACUUACGGUCAACAUCUAGACCGAAUUCAAAUUCACAAAGAGAUUCUACUUUAACUUCUGAAGAAAUAAAAGCACAAAAAUGUAUCGAAAAAGGAGAAAUCGAUCGAGCUUUAGCUAUUUAUCAACGUAUUCAACCUGUAACUCCUCGUAUUCUGAACGCCAUAGGUCAAAUAUGUGCCGAUAGAAAAGAGGAUUAUAAAUAUGCUUUGCAAUGUCACAUAAAAGCACUCAAAAUGCAAGAGGAAGCUGGCGAACAUAUUAGUGAUACUUUAACUAAUCUUGGAAAUGUAUAUCAUAAUUCCAAUCAGUAUGAUUUAGCCUUAAAUUGUCAUACGCGUGCGCUUGCCUUACAUCAAUCCAGUCAAACACCAGAUUCUGCUGCUAUAGCUUCGAAUCUAAUUGGCAUUGCCAAUACUCAUUGGGCUCGCCGUGAGUAUCCUGAAGCGAUUGAUCAUAUUCAACGAGCUUUGACCAUACGAGAAAGUUUUGUACCUCCGAAUAAACCAAGUAUAGCGGCAACUAUCGCGAUACUGGCAAGUAUUUAUCAAGAUUGCGGUAAUAUUGGUCUUGCUAUUGAUCUAUCUAAGAAAGCACUUAACAUGUUCGAAAGUUUCCCAUCGACUGAUCCGUCAGUAUUAGCUGAUCUACAUUAUGAUUUGGGUACAAUGCAGAUAAGUACCGAUUCAUUCGAAGACGCCUAUCAUAGUUUCGAAAGGGCAGUCAAAAUUUAUAGUAAAAUUCUACCACAAGGACAUCCAGAUCGUGUAGCGGCGGAACGCGAUCUACAAAGAGUUUUUGAUUUACAUAAAAAGAACAAAACAAAUAAAUGA